UUCAAGUACACGUAUUCUCAAAGAACUCAAAAAAGUGCUUACUACUUCACAACUGGAUUAUUUGGAAGAGCAACAGCAAAAGACGUUUGGUAUCCAGAACCUUCAAGAAAAGAUCCAAUUUUACGGUUUUACAAGUUAUGUGACAAGUGGAAUACAGAGGUCAAGAAAAAUCCGUCGGCUAUGCAAGAGAAAUUGAUUUUUCUGAAUGGUCCAGAAAUGGCAGAUACUGUCAGGGAUGUUAAUGAUAGAUUAGGUCUCAGAGAGGAACUAUUGACUUUAGAUGACAUUGUUUUAAUGUAUGAAAUGUGUGGGUUCGAGACAGCAUGGAAUAAGAAAAGCAAAUCUCCAUGGUGUUCUCCUUUUACUGUUGACAAUUUAAAGGUAUUAGAAUAUGCCGAGGACCUUAAGUUUUACUGGCAAGAUGGGUAUGGAUAUGAGUUGACAUAUAAACAAGCUUGCCCUGCUUUUGCAGAUAUGAUGACUUUCAUGCAAUCGAGGAUUCGUUUUCCAAGAGUUACUGUUUACUUCUCACAUUCAGGAACCAUAUUGAAAAUGUUGGCUCAUCUUGGAUUGUACAAGGAUGAAGAAGUGCUCACAGCUAAAAACUACGAACAUAUGUCGGGUAGGAAGUGGAGAACAUCUCUCAUCGAUAGUUUUGGUUCUAAUAUAGCAUUUGUUCUUUAUGGAUGUGGGAGCGAAAAUAAGCUUCUAACUUUACAUCAGGAAAACAUCAUUCGGCUGCCAGCAUGUCCAGAUACUGACCUAUGCGAUAUCAAUAAAAUUGAGGAGUUUUAUUUGCAAAGCUUUGAAAGCUGUGACUUCAAUUCAAUUUGUAACAACAACAUUCGCAGGUGAUACAGUAUUCAGAAGUAAUAGUAAUUUUACGUACCCGGUGAUAUUCUAUAAACCAAAAUUAAAUAUUAGUUUAUUUAUCAAUACAUUGUCCGUGAACAGUUUCACAUAAACUGUCCAGUUAUUCUUUACUAACUAUUGAUCUUAAUGCAUUGUAACAAAGAAAUAUCAAGAGUUAUCGUGAAAAUCACUGAGUAUUGCUUUAAUUUCAAAUUAUAUAUAUUUUUCUAA